GGCCGGGCCUUCGGCCCCCGCGGUCCGUCACCCGCCGAGGGGGCUCCCGCCGUCCCGGGGCCUGGCGUCGCGGCGCCCCGCGCCGGUCCCGGGCAGGGCCGGGGGCUCCGCUGCUGCGGGGCCGGAGGGACGGAGCCCGCCGAGCUGCGCGGUGCGACGCGGGCUUCCCGCGUCCGGCAGCCCCUGCACGGGGAGGUUGCGCAUCGGGCUGAGGGCACCUUCUGGGGACGCUCGGCCGCGGGUCCCGCGGUGCUGGUGCGGGCUGAGCCGGCAGCCGCGGCGUGCAGAGCGGAGCGUCCUCCUGCCCCGCUCUCUGCUCCGGUGCUGGCCGUGGCGGGGCUGGUGCCCCCGCUGCCAGCGAGCUCCCUGCCUGGCCCCCCAGCCCAAGUCCCUCGGUGGUGUCUUCCUGCCUGGCGUCCCUCUGUGCGGGCUCUGCUGCCUGGGGACCAAAGAGCUUCGGAAAUGAAGCCUUGCUCGACUCGCCGUCCCGAGCAGCCCGUUGGCAUCUCUCCCGGAGAGCCGAUCUGGUGGGCGUAAGCCCCUUUCCAGCUGCCAAACUCAAGUGACUCCCUGCCCAGGUAAUCUGGCAAAUACCUUCUUGCGUGGAGAUGCAGAGGCUGCUGACAGAGUGCGAAGCAGUGUAAGGCUGUCGCUGCAGGGAGCAGGACGUGGCCCGGGAGCCGAUUGCUUGGCCCCACUCCGUGAGCUUUCUGUAAAACCCUGAGGAGCCUGUGCUGGGCGGGAGCCGUUCCGCCACAAGGCAGGGCUGUGACUCUUGGCAGGAAGGGAGACCAGCACUUUGCCACUGUUAGAUCUUCUCCAUGGGCAGGACCGUCCCCGGCAGCCGCAGCUGCAUUUUUGUCCCUUUCAGCUGGAGGCUGGACAGCCCCCUGUGGUUUCAGCACCGCUUCCUGUCCUUGGCUGCACUGUGCGGUGUGUGGCCCAGCAAGUCUGGGCUUGUUGCUUUUCUAGUCUCGGUUGCCGGGGAAGAGACCCACACCCUUAUUUAGAGGACAGCACAGUAUACGAGUGUAGUGUUUUUCUUAGAGCUGGAAAGCUGGUAGAUGGAAAGAGGAAAACCUUCUGCAAGUAUGCCUCUUUCACUGCACAGCUGUACUGCCUGAGAGCUGAUCUGACAAUUCAGAGCUUUCCUCUCUUGGUGUUUUGCCACCAUAAGCACCGCUGCGGUUAGGAGCUGAGCUAGAAGGCAAGAAGAGGGCUGUUGCCUCUUCUGACAUGCAAAUUGGUGUCCAGAGGAAAAGGAAGUGCUUAGGCCCUCAGCUGAAUCUGCCAGAGCAAUUUAGCUUCCUGCAGGCUCCAGCCCUUUCUCGGUGCUCUUGAGGCCAAAUCAGUUGGAAUGUUGCUUCAGUAUUCACUACACGUUCUGUUCAGAAGCUGGAGCCUGUGGUAGUUGGAGUGGGCUUGGUGAAUACCUGAGGCUUUCUGGUUUGGGCUACGACAAUCCCAGGCCAAACUUCCAGGCAAGUGUGCAGCUUGCUGUACUUCAGAUAAGUUAGUGGCUUGCUUUCUUACGUUUGUAGCCUUCUCUCUUGCAGAGAGAAGCUACGCAAGGAUAUGAGGAGCAAUCAAUGAAAAAAUAAUAGAGGGAGGGUAUCAGUGUGCAGGAGAGGAGACAGCGAGUUUUCUUCCCAGUCCCCUGCUUCUGUGCAUAUUGAAUAAGUGGAAGCUGCUGGUGGGAGUGGAAUACUGUAGGUGGGUGGCAGUGUGGGUCGUGCAUCGUUGAGGGGGAAGACUUUUAAUCAUCUGCUGGUCUGUGCCUCUUUGAAACUGGAACUCUCACUCUGUGACUGUUAGCCUAGCCCUAUUCUUUGCUGGCAGUAAAAAUAAAAUCCCCCCCAAGCAGUGUUAUCCCCUGUGUCACUCUGUUUUAUUCUCUAGUUUUUGUCAUGUGGGAUGCAAACAGCAGGAACAAACCUGAAGUAAGUUCCAGUUAAAUGCAGGAAUGAAUGACCAGGAGGCUGUGACCUCACACAGCAUAUUUCUGCCAUUUCCCCCCUCUCUGAAACUGUCAGCACAAGCUGCAGAGUAUCUGGGCAGGUGAUGCCUACAGAAGUCCCUGCUGACAUAGCAUCUGACCUUUCUGUUUUGUUUCAUUCUCUGACCAGGCAGAAGAUGGGAACAUCGAGUACAAGGAGAAUGACCAUGGCAGAGCGACGAGGUGGUUCGGGUCCUUAAGCAGCGGGGACGGCGAAAUAAGCACCGAGAAGGAGGGGGUGCCGCGCCCUGGGUGACCGCAAAGGCGAGCCCGGCCGAUACGUGCUGCCGAGACCUUGUAAGGCUGCAACAGCGCUGACGAUUUAAUCAUGGAAAGGCAAGCAGCAUAUGAUUUAUUUUCUUGCUUUUUAGAAAAGCGUGGGAUUAAGGGUAUAGAUGUUAAGAAGGAACUCCCUGGGUUGUUAGCUUAUGGGUAUGAUAAGGGGCUCUUUUUGAACCCCCACACAGUACACGAGUUACAGGAAUGGCGUAAAUUUGGGGAUAAGCUAUGGGAGGCUACUUUAGAGGAUGAUAAGACUGCUAAAAGAUUAGGCAAGUUAUGGAAAGUUGUUCACAAUGAGCUUUUGCAACAUCAGGCUGAAAAGAAGGCAGCGCAACAGGCUAAUGUGGCACAAAGUAAAAACAGAGACUAUAGCGGCUGGUCUGAGUGUCCGUUACCCCCAGCGACAGCCACGGUUACGCUGCCACCGCCUGCCCCUGCGUCUUCCCCGCCUGCCGACUCGGCGAGGCCAACUGCUCCCCCAGAGCCAUGGCCAGGGGGCCCCCAGCUCCGCGGUGGCAAUGAGCCGAUCCCUGGGGUGGAGAGCGACCUAGCGGAGGCCAUUGCGAAGGAGCGCAGGGAGGCUUGGGCUGCACUGGCAAAAGAUUGCAUGGAAGCAGGGGAUAGUGGGGCAUUAGGGGCUGCGCAAGAUGUAGCCUGCCCAGUGAUGUAUACGCCGCUGGCUGGGGGAGGAUUACAAGCCGCUAUUACGCCUCUGGAUUGGAAACUUUUAUCUCAAUUACGAGCCACUGUUAGUCAGUUUGGUGUUAAAAGUGAACCAGUAAAGCAAAUGCUAGAUUAUAUUUGGGGAACUCAGCUGUUGUUGCCGGGUGACUGCAGAGCAUUGGCUAAGCUGAUUUUUUCACAACAUCAACAACUCCUCUUUAGUGCCCAUUGGCAGGCAUUAUGUCAGCAAUGCACCCAAGUGCAACGGCCACUGGGAGACCCCUUACACGGUGUCACCUUAGCCGAGCUGAUGGGUUUAGGUGCAUUUGUGCGGACUGAGGCUCAAGCAUUACUUGGCCCUGAUAAGUGUAGGGAAGCUAUGAGGCUAGCCCGGGAGGCCAUGGAUCUAGUGAAGGAGCCAGGGGGAAUUCCAUCCUACAUGGGAAUCAAACAAGGAAAAGACGAGGCAUUUGGCAGUUUUAUAGAUAAAGUUGCUAGUGCCAUUGAACGAGCUGGGGUCCCUGACUAUAUGAAAGGUGCAAUGUUAAAGCAGUGUGCGACCCAAAACAGUAAUGCAGCAACAAAAAAUAUAUUGAGCACCUUAGGGUGGGAGUGGAUCAUUGAACAAGCCCUUGAGCGCCUUUCCGGUGUACCCACAGGUCCCCAAGCCAUGCUAGUAGAGGCAAUCAAAGAGCUAGGGGCAGGAUUACACAAACAAGCUGAGGCAGUGCAGACUCAGGUGUUAGCUGCUCUUGCACCCCUACAAGCCUCUGCGAUCACUGGUGUAAAGGCUCCAUCUAACGGCCGAAUAAGGUGUUAUCGCUGUGGAGGAAUGGGUCACAUACGCCGGGAUUGUCAAGCCACCAGCCUGUGGUGUCAAAAGUGCCGCGUCGAUUCCCACAACACGGGCGCUUGCCGACGCCGUCCGGGAAACUCCAAGGGCAGCGCGAACAAAGCCAACAGCAGCCACGCUCAGACACAAAUAGCUGCAGCCCAGCAACAGGCACCGGUACCCUCCUACGGCCCGCCACCGCCGGGAGCCUCGGCCUGGACCUGGCAGCCGCAAUAACCGUCUCAUUGAUGACCACUAGACCCGAGAAAGUGCCAACAGGGAUACAAGGACCUAUCAUAAUCCAAGGACAAGCUGUGGGUGCUUUGCUUUUAGGGCGUUCUUCGGCAUCAAUGAUGGGACUGUUUGUAUUGCCAGGAGUAAUUGAUGCUGAUUAUACUGGAGAAAUACAAAUGAUGGUAUACACCCCUUUUCCACCGUUACGGAUACAACAGGGCCAAAGGGUGGCUCAGCUAAUUCCACUUCCACAAAUGACAAAACCUCUAGCGCCACGACAAGCGUCAGAAAGGGGAGCGUGAGGGUUCGGCUCUACUGGAGGGUUGACGUUGUUAACCCUAGAUCUAACCGACAGGCCGAAGCGCAUCAUACAACUGGAGUUUCAAGGAGAAAAGAAAACCCUCCAAGGACUAUUGGACACUGGUGCAGAUUCCAGCAUCAUUACCCCAGAAUGUUGGCCCCAACAUUGGCCACUACAAGCAUCAAUGUCAACGGUCACCGGAGUGGGUGGGUUGACCCUGGCCAGGCGAUCCCCCACCUUGCUGGUAACCAUCGACAAGAAGACAAUGAGGACUUUUGUUUUAACAAUUAUAGGUGUUCUUGUUGUUUCGGGAGUUGCCGUAUGGGUCCCAGCUCAACCAAAAGAAAACAUAUGGGUCACUCUAGCCAACAAAACAGGUCAAGAGGCAAUAUGCCUAUCUUUGUCCUCGCCAGGUAACCCUUUUUCUACAUGUUUAGUAGGCGUGCCUUUAGAUGACUUUCCAUGUCCUCAGGAUCCCAUCCCCUUUUGUGUGAAGAAUAAUUCUUAUGCAGAUUUUUGGGACAUGAUAGAGCCCCGCUUUUCAUUAGCUUUUUUAGAGCCUCAGGAACUAGAACUGUUGGGAUCAAUUCAGGCUGAUUUUUUAAUUGGUCAAGUAAGGAUCGAGCUGACAAUAUAGUGAAUGUGAACUCUUCUCUCCCUGUGUAUAGAAAUGCUUCUGUCUGGUGUAAUUAUACCAGCCGAAAUAUAUCCCAUUCUUCUAACACUCCCAUACAACUGCCACCAGGGAUAUUCCUUAUCUAACUACAAUAUAACACUAACUACAAUAAUGUAAUCAAAGGUGUGGUUAACAUUAAUAGCUAGCCAAUGGUGAGCUUAGCUUUGCACUAUGCUAUGAGCUUCAUUAUUGAGAGUAUAAAUACUGCCUGAUUGGAGUCAA